GAUCGCUUUGCACGACAAGGGGCUGGCCGUCGGGCAAGAGAACGGCGGACAGAGGGCCAAAGACAGCAAUGGUGUCCUGGCAACCCUGGUCCGGCUACAACCACGAAUGAAGGAAGCGGCAUUGCACAAGACAACCUAGACAAGAACAGACGCAGCAGCAAUAUCGAUUCGGCCGUCCAGGGGACGAUCCUCUCCCGCGCAUCUGAGAAUGAGACCCAGUCGGUGCCGCCGUCCACACGACCUUGGAAGUUGGAUCACCAUUCCUUUCUCAGCAGUGGGUGUUGUCUCAAUGCCUGGGAAGAGUCCAGGAUGAGGGGGGGAGGGGCUUUGAGGUUCUUGGACUGA